AUGGGGCUGCUUCGAUCCAAGAAGGACAUCAAGAGGACUCCCGCGGUUGUUCUGAUGGGCCUGGGCUCAUCUGGGAAGUCCACCCUACUCUUCAGGCUCAAGGCAGGGUUGGUGAUGGAUACUUCCCCCACCUUGAGCUUCAACGUGGUGACCCUGGAUCUGAACAAGAAAAUGGCCUUGACCGUGUGGGAUGUGGGCAGACAGGGGGAGAUGAGGGCCAACUGGAGACACUACCUGGAGGGUGGCUGUAAGGCUAUGGUGUUCGUGGUGGACAGUAGUGACCGGGCCAGUAUAGGGGACUCUCAGAAGGCUAUGAAGAAUGUUCUGUUCGACGUCAACAUGAAGGGAAUACCUCUGAUGAUGCUGGCUAACAAGAAGGACCUCCCCAACACCAUGAACAUCAGAGAGGUGUCCAACCAGCUGGAGCUGCCCAGCUACAAAGACCGAGCCUGGCAGAUCCAGGCAUGCAGCGGCCUGAAGGAAAUGGGGCUCCAGCAAGCAUUCCUCUCUGUGGCCAAACUCAUCAAGAAGAGCUGA